UGGUACACAACGAAGGGAAGGAGAGAGGCUUCCAUUCAAAAGGUGAUUUGUCAUGAUGGGGCUUUCUCUACAUCGUCGCGACGUCAUUCGCGACAUCACUCACACCAACAUGAACUUCAACUGUUGAUCACCAACUUAAUCACCCCUCAUAUUCAACACCAUGUCUUCUCCUUCUUCCGAUGAAAUUUUCAAUAAUUGGAGUGGAAUAAUAGAUGAUGAUUUCUCCAAAACAGUCCUCGAUACAUUUGGAUUGUCCCAGGAUGAUAAAUAUGUUUACCGCGCCGAAUCAUUCGCUAUGACAUUACCACAGAUUCAAGAAACUCUCAGUACUGGCAAAUUAAAGUAUCAUUACCAAGAUCAAGGCAAAGUUCUGCAGGUGGGCCUUCCUCCUUUGGCCAUUUGCAGAUUGAUACUGACUGACUUCAAAGAUACCACUCGCAGACAUUGAUGCCUAUACGUCGAUAUUCUCCUCCAAGACCGAUACAUCCAAAGCUCUCAUAGCAUUUUCUUCCAACGCAAAGAAGGGAUCACCUCGAGAAUGGGUUGCGAACUACCUCCAAUCCCGCCGUAUUCCUCCUUCGUGUAAAAUACCGAAAGCGAAAGCACACAUCAAUCCAUACUAUGAUAUUUGGGCCCAUACCUGUCGAAUGGUGUCUUUCCUUGGACCACUACCUGAUGCACAUUAUGCGGAUCCUGCCGCAGCGAAAAUGACUCAUCCUGUACUUCCUGUACUUUACCAUCAUUUCGGGUGUGUGGUACCAUCUUACGAUUCACUUUAUACAAUAUCCCAACUUGUGGAAGAGUCCAAAUUGGAUGGAAUUAUCGAUAUGGCGAGUGGGAACGGAUAUUGGACAUAUAUGCUACGACGAAUGAAGGUAAAGGUUAACGCUGUGGAUAAUAUGGCUAGUGAGUAUAGAAAUAUGUGGAUAUCAGAUACCGAGAAGGCAGAUGGAGUGGAAUACCUAAGGAAAAAUGGUGGGGGUAAGAACAAACUGCUAUUAAUGGUGUACAUGAUUACGGCCGGGACAUUCACGAAAAGGGUCUUGAGCACCUACAAAGGGGAUGUAAUUGUGGUGGUUGGAACACAAAACGCAAAUCGAUACACGGGUUUAAGUGAUUGCAGUAUGGAAGAAUGGUUUGAGAAGGAAAUGAAUGGUUGGGAGCUUAUUUGUAGAAUUUCCAUGCCAAGUUUCGCAGGAAAGGAUGAAGGGAUGUUUGUGUGGAAGAGGAAGAAUUAGAAGGUUCAUCAGAAUUUACGAGGGCGACAAAGGUAGAAUUGUAUGUGGCUUGUGUUUAUCAUAGGAUCCAAUUUCCCAUCAUUUCAUUUCAUUUUCAACAAUAAGUAACCGACAUCUUUAUAUCUUACACGAUUCUACAUCUUGUACACAUUUUAUUGUUACAGGGUAACAGUCAACCUGUCCACAUAAGCUUAGGCCUUAUCGAAAAGCAAGGCGAUUUGUAUACAAAUUUAUAUAAUAAUUGCUUUAUAUAAUCUUUUUUUUAACAAAUUCGAAUAUAUAAUCUGAUU